AUGCAUAUGGCUAAAGCAUUCCAAAAUAACAUCUAUUUUUAAAAAAGAUCAUGAAAGCAUUUCUCUUUGUGCCAACAGUAUUAUUGCCUUGUACUACUAGCAUAAAAAUGCACUCAAAAUUUAUUCAUUUCGCUCUUUUUAUCUUUAUUCUCUUUAUUAUCUCCACCGGUUCUUUAGCCUUUAGCCUGGCUGGCGGAAGAAAGAUGAGCUCGAAUAUGGAAGCAACGUCGCCUAGCUCAGGAAGUGGCGCGGCUCAUGGGCCUAACUGGGAUUAUAAUUGGGGCUGGGGUUCAACCCCGAGCGGAGGAUGGGGUUACGGUUCGGGCUCGGGAAGGUCUCCUAAUGGGUUCGCCCGAGGCUGGGGCUUUGGUUCAGGGUCAGGGAGCGGGUCAGGUUCGGGCUACGGUUAUGGUUCGGGAAGUGGUGGCGUUCAUGGUGGUGGUUAUGGAGCUGGAAGUGGUUCGGGUGGUAGUGAAGGAGGUUCUGGUUCGAGAAGUGGUGGUUCACCGUCAGUUCCCGAACACCAUGGGUAAAAUUAAACUUUGUAUUGUGUACUGCGUUAAAUAUAACUAUAGGAAUGUAUUAUGACUCGAACUACGUGCAAUAUUUAGAGUUUGAUGUCUGCUAGUAGAGGAGUAUUUAUUAGUCCUAUGCUACAAAUUACAAUACAGUUAAUGUGGUGUAUAUGUAUUAAUAUAAGAUGAAUGUUUUCACAUGCUCAAAAACAUUUUAAAAAUAGACACGAGUUCCUUUUUUUUUUGUUCCAUAAAGUUAA